UAGAGUUAUAACCGCUCAUUAUCAUUUGGAUAUUCAAAAUUAAAACCCACUAGUUUUUCGGUUUUGCAAAAUUUCAGUAUAACAAAAUCAGCGCGCAAAAUGUCCGAUAAAGGAGCCCCGGCUGGUGGCUGCUGUUUAGAGAUGCCAGAAGCAAUCGAGAUUUGUCCUCCUGAUCCUCCAGUUAAGUGCCAUGAUAAGUAUAUCUAUGAGGUUGGCACCGAAAUGUUAGAUAAUCAAUUGGUAAUUCGCAUGGAGAAGGACAAGUCCAAACGCAAUAAGAAAAAGGGAGCCUGGGAGCCGCCGUGUGAUUGUGACGUCAUUAAAAUAAAGAGGCCAACGGAUACUAAAGGACCUAGAAUAGUGAAUGGUGGUGAUAAUAAUCAGAUACUUUUUAGAAUACAUUCGAAGGCACAUCUAAAUAAAAAACAGGAUCCAAAUUAUAGGCCACAAACCGUGGCUUACAAAAUCAAUAAAGCUGGUAUCGAAGAGGGAGAAAACUGCCGCAGGAUAACGAUUCAUCCUCAAUUAGGCGGGCCCGUGUCUCAAGAGGUUUAUACUGAUCGCGUAAGCGAUGAUAAUAACGAUAUUUAUUUGCUGAAAAUUAAGAAGAAGAACGAUACGUCGGAGACUUGUAAAGCGCGUAAUCUGGAGGUUGAACUGACAACUCCAAAACCACCACCAGUGCGAUUAAGGAAGUCGUCAACACCAUCAAAAGUCACAGAAAGUGAUACAACAAAAAAUGAUCCUAGUCAUCAUAAUGACGAGAUAAAUAAGAAAUAAUAGAUCGGCAAUGUGUAGAUUAUUUUAAGCGUCUUUACUUGUAAUACAUUUUGUUUGAAUAACGGUACUUGUUAUUUUUCU